GAAAAUAGAGUUCCUUUUCUAAGAUUAUUUUCUAGUUUUCUAUUUCCUUUCUAGAAAAUCGAAAGAAGAGCAAAGGACAUGGUUCCCCAACGACUCCAAGAGAUUGGCCAGUUUCAAGGGUGAAAAAACUUGUAUGGGUUCCUGGCCGGAACAUCAAAAGCUUUUAUUACAGCGUCUUGAGGGCUGCCACCCAUAAAUUCAGUGACGAAAACAUAAUCGGUGAAGGCGGUUUUGGAAAAGUGUAUAUAGGAUAUAUAAAUCCACACAGUAUGAGUGCGGCAAAGCCUGACACUGGCAAGGCGGUCGCUAUCAAGGUGCUCGGAAGAAGAGGGGUACAGAGCGACAAAGAAUGGCAGGUUUGGUUCUGAUCCAGAUAUCCACCUUCACUUUCACUAUAUCUGAGAGGAAUGUGUUUUGUUGAUUUCAGAAUGAAUUGACGUUUCUAAAGACAUUAAAUCAUCCAAAUGUGGUGAAACUUCUGGGCUAUUGCAAUGAGAGAGACCAUAGGAUUGUGGUUUAUGAGUACAUGUGUAGGGGAAGCUUGGAUACCCAUCUCUUGAGAGAGAAUGAUACAGAGCUAAACUGGAGUAGAAGAAUCAAAAUAGCUAUUGGAAUAGCAAGGGCAGUAGACUACCUUCACAGUUGUGCAAGGCCAGUCAUUCAUCGGGACCUCAAAGCGUCCAAUGUCCUUCUUGAUGCAGAAUUCAAUCCAGAACUAUCAGACUUCGGACUGGCUAGGUAUGGACCCUUAGAAGACCAAUCACAUGUUAGUUCAGGGGUCAUUGGAACGAGAGGAUACAUUGCCCCCGAAUACUUUACAACAGGUAUAUGCUUCAGCUUAUCAUUCUGUGCCGUAGAAACUUUGGUAUAUAGGUUUGGCACCCCUCAUCAUGGGCUAAAUUUCUUGAACAAUUUCACAGGGCAUUUGACUGUAAAAACUGAUGUAUACAGUUUCGGAGUAGUACUCCUAGAACUAUUCUCUGGCUGUGUUGCAGUCAAGAGAAGUAGAGACACUUCCGAGAGGGAUCUCGCAGUAUGGGCUAAACCACAUUUAAGUAGUCACAUGGAGCUGCGUAAAAUCAUUGACAAGAAAAUAGUAUGGAACAUCGAUAUGGAUGAAGCACAGAAGUUUGCUUCAAUAAUCUGCCGAUGCCUUAGCUCAGACCCUAAGAAUCGACCCACAAUGGGUGAAGUACUAGCAAGUCUAGAGCAAUUGGAGCAGGAUAUGUUACUCAGCAAUCUGAACACACUUGGACUAUCCAAGUACUACCGAAGGGCACACAUAUAAAAGUGAGUG